AUGAAUGGCGCAACUCCAACCAGCCGCUCGAAGCGGAAAGACCCGCCUCAGACUCUGGAGGGCCGGCAUACAAAGCACCACCGAGCCCUGGGCGCACUGAGCGGGAAGGACUCGGCUGGAGACAACACCCCGGACGUCGAGGAUGAGUUUGAACAGAUCGACGACUACGAAAUGGAAGACAGCCGUGCUCCAGCACUCCUUCCGGUCGGGGCUGAUACGGCCGAGUGGCAGGCGACAAUCGAGAACGUGGUGCGGAACGUGGUCUCUAUUAGAUUCUGUCUUACCGCGUCGUUUGACACCGAGCCGGCCUUGACGAGCGAGGCUACUGGUUUUGUCGUCGAUGCAGAGCGAGGCUACAUCUUGACGAACCGCCACGUCGUGGGCUCGGGUCCCUUCUGGGGCUACUGCAUCUUCGACAACCACGAGGAGGUCGACACGUACCCUGUCUACCGCGACCCUGUGCACGACUUCGGCAUCCUCAAGUUCGACCCCAAGGCCAUCAAAUACAUGCCCGUCGCCGCCCUGCAGCUGCGCCCGGACCUUGCCCGCGUCGGCGUCGAGAUUCGUGUGGUUGGCAACGACGCAGGCGAAAAGCUGAGCAUCCUCCCGGGCGUCAUCAGCCGGCUCGACAGGAAUGCCCCCGAGUAUGGCGAGGGCUAUAGCGACUUCAACACGUGCUACUACCAGGCCAGUGCCGCGGCCAGCGGCGGAAGUUCCGGCAGUCCUGUCGUGAACAUUGACGGGUUCGCCGUCGCGCUCCAGGCCGGCGGACGAGCGGACGGCGCCUCGACCGACUACUUCCUGCCGCUGGACCGCCCCUACCGAGCUCUGAAAUGCCUACAGGAAGGCAAGCCGAUUACGAGAGGCGAUAUCCAGUGCCAGUUCCUCCUCAAGCCCUUUGACGAGUGUCGAAGACUAGGACUCAGUCCGGAUUGGGAGGCGCAGAUGCGCAAGGCGUUCCCAAAGGAAACAAACCUUCUGGUUGCCGAAAUAGUGCUCCCCGAUGGGCCAUCCCACAAGAAAGUCGAGGAAGGAGAUGUCCUGAUCAAGGUCAACGGAGAUCUCAUCACGCAGUUUAUCCGCCUAGACGAGAUCCUCGACUCCAAUGUGGGAAACUCAGUCCACCUGCUACUUCUGCGUGGAGGUGAGGAGGUCGAGGUCGACAUCGAAGUAGGGAACCUGCACAAGAUCACCCCAGACCGCUUCGUCUCUGUUGCCGGGGCAAGCUUCCAUGAUCUGUCCUACCAACAAGCGCGGCUGUACGGUGUGGCAUGCAAGGGCGUGUUUGUGUGCGAGGCGACCGGUUCAUUCCGGUUCGACGGUAGCGACAGUGGCUGGAUCAUCCAGAGCAUCGAUCAGAAGAAGACACCUGAUCUCGACACCUUUGUCGAGGUGAUGAAGGGCAUCCCAGACAAGGCGCGCGUUGUGGUGACAUAUAAGCACCUCCGCGACCUUCACACACUGAAUACGACCAUAAUAUACAUUGACAGGCAUUGGGCCAAGAAGAUGAAGCUUGCCGUCCGCAACGACGACACGGGCCUGUGGGACUUUAGCGACCUUGCGGACCCGUUACCCCAAGUCCCCCCUGUCACGCGGGCUGCUUCCUUCAUCCAGCUCGAGCACACGUCGCACCCGGCUGUGGCAGACCUUGUGCGGAGUUUCGUCCACGUCAACUGCACGAUGCCGGUCAAGCUCGAUGGCUUCCCGAAGAACCGUAAGUGGGGAAUGGGCCUAGUCAUCGAUGCAGAGAAGGGACUUGUGGUGAUAUCGCGAGCGAUCGUGCCGUACGACCUCUGCGACAUCUCCAUCACCAUUGCAGAAUCUAUCGUCGUCGAGGGCAAGGUCGUCUUCCUCCACCCGUUGCAAAAUUACGCCAUCAUCCAAUACGACCCCAAGCUCGUCGAUGCGCCGGUGCUGAGCGCAAGGUUGAGCUCUGAGGAGAUCACGCAGGGAGCCUCGACGUAUUUUAUCGGCUAUAACCGGAUUGGGCGCAUUGUCCACACGGCUACAACGGUGACUGAGAUCUUUGCCGUGUCCAUACCGGCCAACUCGGGAGCCCCGCGGUAUCGCGCCAUGAAUGUCGACGCCAUCACCGUUGAUACCAACCUCAGCGGGCAGUGCGGCAGCGGCGUACUGGUCGCGACAGACGGUACCGUGCAGGCUCUCUGGUUGACCUAUCUUGGGGAGCGGUCCCCGUCGACCCACCGAGACGAGGAAUACCACCUGGGCCUGGCGACGCCGACCCUCUUGCCUGUUGUCUCUCAGAUCCAGAAGGGAAUAGUGCCGGACCUCAGGAUGCUCUCGGUAGAAUUCCGCUCCAUCCAGAUGUCCCAGGCCAGACUUAUGGGAGUCUCCGAGGAAUGGAUCCACAAGGUGUCGCUGGCGAACACCUCUCACCACCAGCUAUUUAUGGUGACGAAGCGGACAUUUGAGCGCGAGGAGCAAAACGAGGCACUACUGGAGGGCGACAUCCUGCUGACCUUGAACGGCAAGAUGAUCACAAAGAUCUCGGAGCUGGAUGUCAUGUACUCGAACGAGCUGCUCGAUGCCACCAUCGUCCGCGACUGCAAGGAUAUCAACCUGAAGCUGGGCACGGUGGCGGCGGAGGGCGUCGAGACGCACCGCGGGGUGUCGUUCUGCGGCGCCGUGCUGCACCGGCCGCACCACGCCGUGCGGCAGCAGAUCAGCAAGCUGUUCAGCGACGUGUACGUGUCGGCCAGGACCCGCGGCUCGCCGGCGUACCAGUACGGUCUCGCGCCGACCAACUUCAUCACCCAUGUUAAUGGCAAGCCCACGCCCGACAUUGAGUCGUUCCUUGCGGCGGCGAUCGAGAUUCCCGAUAACACCUACUUCCGCAUGAAAGCCGUGACCUUUGACAGCGUGCCGUGGGUGGUGACGAUGAAGAAGAACGAGCACUACUUCCCGACGAUGGAGUGGAUCAAGGACGCGUCGGACCCGUGCGGCUGGCGGCGCAUCACGUAUGACGGCGGGAAGAAGAUCGAGGGCGAGGGCCGCGACGGCAUCCUCCCCAACUCGGACGACCAGGCCGAGGCGGACGACGAUGUCGGGCUGUCGGCCGUCGAUGGCGGAGAGGAGGACUGA